AUGAAUCUUGAUCAAACAUCUCAAAACUUUUCUGAUCUAUCUUUAGAAGUAACACCUUCUAACGAUGAACUGAACCCAAAUUACUCUAAUUUAGCACUAAACAAUGAUUCAAGGAAAGUUGAUAGAAAGAAUGUCGCAAAUAGAUUAGCUUUACAAACUUCAAGGGAUAAUAUUGAGAGUCAGGAUGACUUUAUGUCCGGUAACGACGCCAACUAUUCUUACCAUGAGGAACAACAAUUGAAUGAACACAAUUUGAAACAACUAGCUACUGAUGGUUCCAUCCCUGCAAACUCAGUCAUCUAUGAUCAACCUCUACAUUCUACAAACCUUGAUGGAUCCGCAAAGAAAUCAAGAACUUUAUCUACUAGUGCUCAACAUACAAUCCCUGAUCCUCUAAGAAAUACAUGGGUAGAUGAUAGCAACAAAAAGGAUAGUUAUGCAUACAAGAUGGGGAUGUUAGCUGAUGAUGCAGCUCAACAGUUCUUGGAUUCUCCAUCUCCAGAAUUAAUUGGACUCUAUUCUAAUGUUACUGAUUGUAGAAAUUUAAGGGCCAAGUAUCAAACUUUAUCGUGUCAAAACCCAAGUCAAAAUCCGAAAAAUAAACCUGAUUGGGAAGUUUAUCCCCCUCCACCUAAGCCAUCUUAUAAUGCGGAGACUAAGACUGUUAUAAAUGUGGUAAAUAAGCCAGAUAUGGAAGUGUUUGAUUUUGAUAAAUGUGAAAUUCCAGGCGAAGAUUUAGAUUGGGAUUUCGAUGUCAAUGAUGAUGAUUCUUAUUUUGUUCAUAAAAGUGGUGAUAAAGACUCUAAGAUUGCUGAAAUUCCCACAUUGCGUGAUUAUUAUUUAGAUUUAGAGAAAAUGAUUACUAUUUCCUCCGAUGGUCCUGCGAAAUCAUUUGCGUUUAGAAGAUUACAAUAUUUAGAAGCACGUUGGAAUUUAUAUUACCUAUUGAAUGAAUAUCAAGAAACAACUGUCUCAAAGAGGAAUCCUCAUAGAGAUUUCUAUAAUGUUAGAAAAGUGGAUACUCACGUUCAUCAUUCUGCAUGUAUGAAUCAAAAACAUUUAUUACGUUUCAUAAAGCAUAAACUGAGACAUUCUAAAGAUGAAAAGGUGAUCUUUAGAGAUGGUAAAGUCUUGACAUUAGCCGAAGUUUUCCAAUCUUUAAAUUUGACUGGUUAUGAUUUAUCUAUCGAUACUUUAGAUAUGCAUGCUCAUAAGGAUACAUUCCAUAGAUUCGACAAGUUUAAUUUGAAAUAUAAUCCAAUUGGUGAAUCACGUUUAAGAGAAAUCUUCUUAAAGACAGAUAAUUAUAUUAAGGGGAAAUAUUUGGCCGAUAUUACUAAACAAGUAUUAUCAGAUUUAGAAAAUUCCAAAUAUCAAAAUUGUGAAUAUAGAAUUUCAAUUUAUGGUAGAUCCAUUGAUGAAUGGGAUAAAUUAGCCGGUUGGAUAGUUGAUAAUAAAAUAAUCUCUCACAAUAUUCGUUGGCUAAUUCAAAUUCCUCGUCUAUAUGAUAUCUAUCAUAAAUCAGGGAUUGUUAACAAUUUUCAAGAUAUUUGUAGAAAUAUUUUCCAACCAUUAUUUGAAGUAACUAAGAACCCAAAAUCUCAUCCAAAAUUACAUGUCUUUUUACAAAGAGUCAUUGGGUUUGAUUCAGUGGAUGAUGAAUCUAAAGUAGACCGUCGUUUCCAUAGAAAGUAUCCAAAACCAUCUUUAUGGGAGGCUCCACAAAAUCCACCAUAUUCUUAUUACUUGUAUUAUCAAUAUGCAAGUAUGGCUUCAUUAAACCAAUGGAGAGCCAAACGUGGGUUUAAUACUCUGGUUUUAAGACCUCAUUGUGGUGAAGCAGGUGAUCCUGAACAUUUAGUCUCUUCAUAUUUGCUAGCACAAGGUAUUUCCCAUGGUAUCUUAUUGAGAAAAGUUCCCUUUGUUCAAUAUUUAUAUUAUCUUGAUCAAGUACCUAUUGCUAUGUCACCACUAUCAAACAAUGCAUUGUUUUUGACGUAUGAUAAGAAUCCAUUCCCAAGAUAUUUUAAGAGAGGUUUGAAUGUUUCAUUAUCUACGGAUGAUCCUCUACAAUUCUCAUAUACUAGAGAACCAUUAAUUGAAGAAUAUUCAGUAGCAGCCCAAAUUUAUAAGUUAUCAAAUGUGGAUAUGUGUGAAUUAGCAAGGAAUUCUGUUUUACAAAGUGGUUGGGAAGCUCAAAUUAAGGAACAUUGGAUUGGUAAAAAUUUCAAUCGUCCAGGUGUUGAAGGGAAUGAUGUCGUUAAGACCAACGUCCCGGAUAUUAGAAUCAAUUAUAGAUAUGAUACAUUAUCUACUGAAUUGGAGUUAGUUAAUCAUUUUGCAAAUUUCAGGAAUAAAUAA